AUGCGCACCUGGGGCCGAAACGGCAAGGCUCUCGAAGAUUUGGACGAUGAUGUGCAGUUGGUGCACAAGCUUGAAGAUGAGCUCCGGGGCAAAAAACGGCCGCAUGGCUCAUGUGCCAGCACCGAGAACCCCCUCAAGCAAGGAAAACUCACCACAGCAAAAACGGCAGGCCCGGGCGAGCAGUCUGAUGCAAGAGACAACGAAGACCGCGGUCUACGAGCUAAUAUCGCCCAAGACCCCAGUUUACGAGCCGCCCAAAACCCCAGUUUACGAGCCGCCCAAGACCCCAGUUUACGAGCCGGUAUCGCUGAAAGCAACAGUGCAGAACCCCCCGAAAAGACCCCCCCAGGCGAAACGCAGUGGAACAAGGAAACCGAGUUCUACAAGAACACCCCCUCCAAGUCGUUCCGGCAGUACGACUUGGCGUGCGACAGAGUCAAGGAUUUCUACCAGGAGCAGCACGAGCACCAGACCGUGGCCUACAACAUCCAGGCACGGAUCAACUUCAAAAGCAAGGUGCGGGCCAGGAUGUCCGUAUGGGAGGGGCUCGAGAAGCUCAACAAAUUGCUUGAUGAAAGCGAUCCCGACACGGAGCUCAGCCAGAUCGACCAUGCGUUGCAAACGGCCGAGGCCAUCCGGCGUGACCACAAGCCGCGCUGGAUGCAGCUCGUGGGGCUCAUCCACGACUUGGGCAAGCUUCUCUAUUUCUUCGACUCGCGUGGCCAGUGGGACGUGGUGGGCGACACGUUUCCUGUGGGGUGCCGGUUCCUGAAGAAGAUCAUUUUCAGCGACAGCUUCCGCAGAAACCCGGACUUCUCCAACCCGCUCUACAACACCAAGUUCGGCAUCUACUCGAAGAAGUGCGGCCUCGAUUCCGUCAUGCUCAGCUGGGGCCACGACGAGUACAUGUAUCACAUUGCCAAGACCAACUCCACGCUCCCGCCCGAGGCCUUGGCCAUGAUCCGCUACCAUUCGUUCUACCCCUGGCACCAUGAAAACGCAUACAAGUACCUCAUGAACGACGAGGACGUCCAGCUCUUGGAGGCGGUGCGGUCGUUCAACAAGUACGACCUUUACUCGAAAGCCGACGACUGCUACAAUGUGGAGGACAUCAAGCCGUACUAUAAGGAGCUCAUUGACGAGUUUUUCUCGGAGAGGGUCAUUGAAUUCUAG